AUGGACGGAUACGGACCCUACAACGGCAAGCCUGCCUCCAACGGCUCCGGCUCGCAGGGUGACAAUGGCUCUCAGGGAGCCGGUGGUCCCGGCGGCCCUCCUUCGGGCCUUCCCAUUGCCCCUCCCAACGGCCAGUCUGGCGACAACUCCGGCUUCCCUAACCCGGACGCCGCCCGUCAGACACUCUGGAUGGGUGAGCUUGCUGGCUGGAUGGACGAGGGUUUUAUUCGAUCCAUUUUCCAAUCCGCCAUGAACGAGAACGUCCAGGUUAAGAUCAUUCGGGACCGCCACUCUGGCAAUGCCGGCUACUGCUUCGUCGAGUUCUCCAACGCCGAUGCUGCUCAAAAGGCCCUCCAGCUCAACGGUACCCCCGUGCCUAACACCGAUCGUGUUUUCCGCCUUAACUGGGCAUCUGGCGGUGGCCUUGUCGACCGUCGCGAUGAUCGCACUCCCGAGUACUCGAUCUUUGUUGGUGACCUUGGUCACGAGGUCAACGAGUUUGUGCUCGUCGCACUCUUCCAGGCUCGCUUCCCCUCGUGCAAGUCUGCCAAGAUCAUGACCGAUCAGCAGACUGGUCAGUCUCGUGGCUACGGUUUCGUCCGGUUUGCCGACGAGCAGGACCAGCAGCGCGCCCUCGUUGAGAUGCAAGGCGUUUACUGCGGUAACCGUCCCAUGCGCGUGUCUCCUGCUACUCCCAAGAACCGUGGACACCAGGGCGGCGGCAACCAGUUCAACCAGUUUGGCGGGCACCACAUGAUGCAGCCUCAGGCUCCCCACGGCGGAAUGGGCAACAACUGGAUGCAGCCUCAGCAGCAGCCGAACUACGGAUACGGCGGCCAAGGCCAGCAGGGUCCUUUCAACCCUCUGGCGAUGAACCAGUUCACCGACCCCAACAACACGACUGUCUUCGUCGGCGGCCUUUCCGGCUACGUCACCGAGGACGAGCUUCGCUCCUUCUUCCAGGGCUUCGGCGAGAUCACCUACGUCAAGAUUCCCCCCGGAAAGGGCUGCGGCUUCGUUCAGUUCGUCCACCGCCACGCUGCUGAGAUGGCGAUCAACCAGAUGCAGGGUUACCCGAUCGGCAACUCGCGCGUCCGCCUCUCGUGGGGUCGCUCGCAGAACAACUCUGGUGUAGGCACUCCUUACCGUCCUGCCCCGCCUCCUCCUCACUACUGGCCCCCGGGACCUCCCGGACCCCCCGGGCCCGGUCCGUUCGGCGCUCCUGGCUUCGGUGGUGCUGGCGGACCACCUCCUUCGGCUGGCAUGGGCCCUCAGGUGGGUGUCAUGAACGUUGAACCUGCUCUGGUCUGA